AUGUUCCGGAGAAGCAAGAGUAAAGUGCUGGUGGAUUACGCGUCUGAGGAGGAUGACAUGUCGUGGCACUAUAGCCACUCUUAUAAGGACAGAGACUUAGAAGUAGAGGAAGAAGAGGAAGCGGUCACCGUCGUAUCCAAGGAGGCCAAGGUGAAGAAGAUUAUGUCAAAGAAAGAGCGAAAGGACAAGAAGAUGUUCUCCUCAAAAGAUGACGAACACUUUUUGUUGACGAGAGAGACGCCCGCCGACCGCACAGGGUCUCACAAGAAAGUGAAAAAUGACAAAGACAGAAAGGAGAAACCUGAAAAAUCCCUUUGCUUCUGGGAAAGCGUCACCAUGACAAUCAGGCAAAUCUCUCCGACGAAAAAAACAGACAAGACUGACAACCGGGAGACGUCACAGUCCCCAAAAGACGCCUCGGAGGACCCUACCCAAAAUGGACGCUCACCUUCGCCGCCUACUGUAGAUGCGUCGGAGAACCCAGCCAAUACAGUCACGUGGACGUCCCGCGCCAGAGUCAAGCUGGCCGGCAUCGGCAGGAUCAGCAGAGGGAUGGUGACGGACGGCGGUACCUGGGAAGGACUCAAAUAG